AUGUUUCACGUGGACCGAACGGGCGAAAGCGAAAGCGAGGGGCUUGCGUGCGGAACUGGGCUAAGCACCCGAGGUGCAGCUGGUGACGCGCACGUGUCGGGAACGGCCGCGGCGCGCUCUCUCCAGACACGCUCGGUUGGAGCGCUUCCAAACACACGCAACACGAGUCGAGCUCCACCUCCGGCGAUCUCCGGCGCUCGCGGCGUGGUACUACCGGAGGAGAGCAAGGCUGCGGCGACCGCGAAGCGACGGAGAGGACCGGCGACGGUUGGCGACGACAGCAAUCCGGUGUAUCCGCCCGCGAAACGAGCCGAGCCAUAA